GCGCGAGGAUACGGGACCGAGAUCCAACCGGGAGCUCCUCCGAGUCAGUAGUAGGGCGACGAUCGUGCUUGUCGGAGUUCCAACUAGCAAUGCUUCCUAAACCUCUCGACAGUCCAUAUACCUCGUGCUAUUGCGAGGAAAACAUAUAUUUCCUUGUGCAUCGAUUUCUGGAACAAGCACAGGUAAAAGCUACAUGGGACAUUUUUGCUGUCAUCGUAUCGAAUGCGACCAAGACGGUUGCCCUUUGGAGUCAACUCAAGGCGCCUGCUGCAAAUACAGCAGUAAUUUGGGAUUAUCACGCCGUCUUGGUUCUGCGCAGCCGGUUAGAAUCUCAUCGUGGGUUGCUCAACACGACGCUAAGCAUCGAAGAGGAAACUUGGAUCUACGAUUUCGAUUCUAUCUUGGAGAUGCCUAGUCGUUGGGAAGAGUAUGUUGAGAAGACCUUCCCACCAGAUUCAGACAUACCACCACAGUAUCGUAGUCUUUUCAGGGUUAUAUCUGGAGAAGAAUACCUGCGUUCUUUUGCAUCGGACCGAUCUCAUAUGUUAUCUCCCGCGGCCGACUCAUCGAAUCAGUAUAUUUCUCCGCCACCCCUUUACCCUAUUGUUUGUGGACCCCUAGCUGCUGCACACGGUUUCACCAACAACCUCAUGACUCAUUUUGUUUCGAUGGAGUCAUCUAAAGGAUACGGGACAGUGAUGGAUCGAGAGACGUUCGUUAGCUGGUGUUCACAAGCAUAGUAAUAGUCAUAGACUCAUGGUGUAAUUACCGUGACAUGUGACGUGCAGCGUGACUUGGUUCUUCGCUGGUACCAACUUGCACAGUGCACACGCAAGUAGUAACCUUUACUCACUUAUUGUUCUCUUUCGUU